AUGUCUCGUCUUGACGACAUACCAUCAAGCCCAGGCAAGUUCAAGAUUGACAAAUCUUCAUACUUCAACCGUCUCAGGUUUCAAUCAUCUCCCAUCAAGUUCGCAUUCAUCUCCUUCUUCCUCCUCUGUCUCAUCUCCCUACUCUUCCUCCGAUCUCCACCGUCCGUUAACUCCUCCCAAUCCGACCCAUCUCGCCGCUCCCUCCGAACCUUCACCUACGGAGGACCCGCUUGGGAGAAACGCAUCCGAGCCUCUGCUCGAACCCGAACCUCAAGCAACGGAAUGACCGUUUUAGUCACCGGAGCAGCGGGUUUCGUCGGUACACACGUCUCCUCGGCCUUAAAACGCCGCGGAGACGGCGUUAUCGGCCUUGACAACUUCAACGACUACUACGACCCUUCUCUGAAACGUGCGAGGCAAGCUUUACUAGAGAGAAGCGGCGUCUUCAUCGUGGAAGGAGACAUAAACGACGUCGAAUUGCUCCGUAAGCUCUUCAAGAUCGUCUCCUUCACUCACGUCAUGCAUCUAGCCGCUCAAGCAGGAGUUAGGUACGCAAUGGAGAACCCUAGCUCCUACGUUCACAGCAACAUCGCUGGACUAGUCAACCUCCUUGAGGUCUGCAAAGCGGCUAACCCGCAACCAGCUAUUGUCUGGGCCUCCUCUAGCUCCGUCUAUGGACUCAACACGAAAGUACCCUUCUCCGAGAAAGACAGAACAGACCAACCGGCUAGCUUAUACGCCGCCACGAAGAAAGCUGGUGAAGAGAUAGCUCAUACUUACAACCACAUCUACGGGCUGUCUCUUACAGGACUAAGGUUCUUCACCGUGUACGGACCAUGGGGAAGACCAGACAUGGCGUACUUCUUCUUCACUAAAGAUAUCUUGAAAGGUAAGUCCAUAUCCAUCUUCGAGUCGGCGAACCACGGCACGGUGGCUAGAGACUUCACUUACAUAGACGACAUCGUGAAAGGAUGCUUAGGAGCGCUUGAUACGGCGGAGAAGAGUACAGGAACCGGAGGGAAGAAGAGAGGUCCGGCGCAGCUGAGAGUGUUUAACCUCGGGAACACGUCGCCGGUGCCGGUUUCCGAUCUGGUGAGUAUACUGGAGAGGCAGCUGAAAGUGAAGGCCAAGAAGAAUGUGAUCAAGAUGCCACGAAACGGCGACGUUCCGUUCACUCAUGCUAAUAUCAGCUUAGCUCAGCGUGAGCUUGGGUAUAAGCCGACCACGGAUUUGCAGACGGGAUUGAAGAAGUUCGUGAGGUGGUACCUGAGUUAUUACUCCGGUGGUAAGAAAGCCGCCGCGAGAUGAUUUUUCGUGUUUUGUUUUGAGUAAUUAUAUUUAAUUUAUUUAUGUUACUUGCCUGGUACGUAACUGUUGUAUUAAAAUUUGAUUCAUCUUCAAAUAAAACAAUGUUACUACUUCAGCA